AAUAAUAUAAAAAAAAAAAAGAAAAAGGAACAAAAAAUCAUGUACGUGUAAUCAUGGUCGAUGGCACAUUUGUAAGUCGUGUACGUCAGUGCGUUGUCAUCGAAGAGAGACUUAACACAUGAAGAAACGUACACAUACACAUAAACCUUGGCACGCGUGUUUAUGUCGGUUUAGUAAUGGCGACGAUAUAUAUGUAUACAUAUAUAUAUCUCUCUCUCUCUCUUUCUUUCAAUGUGCUCCGAUUUUCAUUAUUCACUCUCUCUCUCUCUCUCUCUCUCUCUCUCUCUUUCUCUCUCUCUUUCUUCCUAACCUAUACGAUUUUCACACAAGUCCUCGCUUAACGUACAUAUAUGAGUGUUUCGUUACGAUAGUAAUGUAAUUGUGUUAGUAAUGGCGAUUGCAAUAGUGGUAGUGAUAGUGGUGGUGGUGGUUGCCGUCGUGGAAGAGAUCAGCAGGCGAUUCAUGUAUCGGUGUGAUCGUCAGUGUGUCGUCCAAAAAUAGAUAAAUGGACGACGAGCGUGCCGUUGUCCUGUGUGUUCGGUGGUUUUAUUAUCCCUAUGUGACAAUGUUAUACCGUAUAUUGAAAUUAUUUAUAAUCAAACAGAUUUGAGAUGUGGAUGGUAUAGUUAGUAUGGAGGUUCUUAAAACUACUCAAGAAAUCGUUCAUGAAGGAUGGCUCAUCAAAUCGCCACCUACUAAACUAUGGAGAGCUCGGUGGAGGAAACGUUGGUUUGCUUUAAGACAUAGCGGCGAAUUACCUGGACAAUACUUUUUAGAAUAUUAUACGGAUAGACGAUGUAGAAAGUUGAAAGGUCGUAUUGAUCUCGAUCAAUGCGAACAGGUCGAUGCUGGUCUUAGGUUUGAAAAUUGUAAGCAAAAGUAUCAAUUUACGUUCAAUGUUAAGACACCAAAGAGAACUUAUUAUUUGGUUGCUGAAAGCGAAGCCGAUAUGAACAAAUGGGUUGCUGCGGUUUGUCAAGUUUGUGGUUUGAAGGCUUAUACUCAAGACGAGGAACAACAAUGUCAAAUGUUUCAGUACGAAUCGCAAGAAUCACCUCCGAUCUCACCAACAAGUACAAUCUCUGGACCUUAUAUUCCUAUCAGCGAAUGUAUAUCCGGUCGUCGUCUUAAUGAUACCAGUUCUCUUAGUUCAGGAAUGGGACAAGGACCUGAACAUUACGACGCACCAAGAAGAUUAGCACCUUCGCCACCAAGAUCACCUACAACUACUGACGCAGAGAGUGUGUUUACGGAUGACGAGUGGACUGCUCCGGUACCAAGCGUCAAUUGGGAUACAUUUCCAUGUUCAGCCGAAUCAAGAGGUCAGAAUUCUGGUGACGCCGAAAUAGGUUCGUGGAGUGUAAGGAAGAGGUUUGGAAAGUUAAGAAUCGUGGACUCGAGUGUUCCACCGGCUGUAGAAAAAUUACCAGCACCUCCAAGACCACCUAAACCGCCUCACAUGUUACCUGAAAAUCCAGGACACAAUUAUUUAAAUUUGGACGGUGCAACGGAGAGUUCGAAACCUACAACACCUGCGACACCUGCUGCUAAUACUAAUGCAGUUGGAUCAGUGACAGAUGAAUCCUAUGAUUUCCCUAGAUCCCAUCAACCUGGACAAGCAUCGGAGAAACAUGUUUAUUCUAACGCUGCACCAAGUACUAUGGAAGACACGCGUGUUUUUCGAUAUGAUUUUCACGAGGAUGAACCACCAAGUCCAAGAUCAGAAAGUUCAGUGACCGCUACUUAUUCCAAUCUACCAAGUCCUUUGAUACGAGAUAGUAGCACUGCUCCAAUACCACCAUCUACGGUAGCUCCACCUCCUCCUGUAGUUUACAGGGAAUUAAAACCAGGUAGAAAAACCAGCGACUCUACUUCAAUUAUCAGUAACGAAGCAUCUCCUGGUACAACUUUGCCAACAUUAGAAAUGAGCUCUUCGGAACAUUCACCUGCUGAACCGCCUAGUAUUAAUAGGAAACUUAAACCACCGUUAAACAAGUCACCUAUAGAAGGACCUUUACAACUUGCUUCUCCUCCUGGGAGAGGUAGAAUGCGAGCAGCACCUAGUCCGACUCCUCCAAUGCAUACACAUUCUGUUCGACAUCAAUCCACAUCGGAUGAAGAUAAUAAUGCUUUCGAUGAUAAAGAGGAGAUAUAUUAUUAUCAAGAUCACAAUAACACAUUUAUUCCUGCGUCAAAUCGACGAUUAGUCGUUUUGCAAUAUCUUGAUCUUGAUUUAGAGGCAACAGAAAGUUUUGCCUCAUCGACGUUACCACCUGCCCAAUCACCACCAAAUACUACGGUCUACAAAACUGUUGAUUUUUUAAAAACUGAGGCUUUCAAUCGUACACGACAACGCGUAGAAGAAGAAAGGAAACAAUACUGCGAAACAAACAGCGCAGUACUUAUUGCGAAAGAGAAAAACUAAGCUUACUUUUUAUUCCGUACCAAAACUAAUUAAUUUUGGAUCGAGUAGAUAACUCUUAUAAAGAGAAAAGCUGCCUGACGAAAGAAGUAUAGCAAUAUUCAAUGGACCAAAAAAUAUAAUAUUAAAAGGAAGGAAAAGAAAAAGAAAAAGAAAAAAAACCAAAAAAAAAAAAAAGGAAGAAGUAGAGACAAAAUCAAUGGUAUCAUUAAUUUGAUCGGUACCAUCGCUUGCAUAAGAAUUUGUAAACGGGGAAAGAGAAAGGAAGGAAGGAAGAAAGAAA